AUGAUUCCUAAGAAUUUACUAAAUGAUAAAACUCAAACUAAUGCUUUGAAAGGGAUAAUUAAUAAAACAUGUUUUAAGCAGUUAACAAUGAUAAGGCCUGAGCUUUACCUAUUUUCUCCAGUUGAUAUAUAGGUAGGACCUAACUAGUAUGUAGAUUUUCCAAAUAGAUAUUCAAGAUUUUUAGGAGAAUUUAAUGUUGAACAAGUUAGAGAUUUUAUUUUUGAUUUGACUUCAAAUUAUAGCGAGGAAGUGAAAAAUUAAAAUUAAAUGAAUUAUAUACUUGCUCAAAACUAAAUGCCAACAUUACUAUAUUUUUCUGAUUUUAAUAGUUCAACUAUUUUUUACAGAAGUUUUACUUCUUACUUCUGGAGAAAGCUGAAAUUUGUGUGGAUUCCUCAUAAAAUGAACCAAGUCAGAUAAAAUUUUCUUAAAGACCCAGAUUCUCUCCCAUCAUUUCAUUUAGUAAUAUAGGGAAAAGUUAUUAAUUGUACAGAUCACUCCAGCUUUGAAUCAGUUUUAAAUUUUAUCAUGAAAAAUACGAACCAAAGUCUGCCAAAUAUUUCUGAUAAAUCGUUUAUAAAUAAAUAUCAAUUUUUUUCAAAUUAUUGUACAGAUUGCACAAAUCUUUAUGAAAGUUUAGAGAAAGAAUAAAAAGGGUAAAUGCUUUCAUUAAAACAAAAUCAUAGCAUUAAUAUGACAGAGGAUUAUUUUUGGGACAUCACUGCCCAUCAGUCUCAACUUAUAACUCAAUCUAGUUUAAAUAAUAUUUUAAAUAUUGACAAAGCCGUUAAUUUGUCUAAUUCAUAACUUUAAAAUGAAAAUAUAUAUAUUUCCUAAAAUCAUUGGGUUAAAGAUAGUUAUUUUAACAUAAAGAUAGAAGAUUCCAACGAAGAGCAUAGUAACAAAUCUGAUCAAGAUUUUAGUUAAGAUUUAACUAAUAAUUUAGAAUCUAUUAAAAAUUAGGAAAGUUUUACUUUUCAUGAAUUCGUUAGUAAUUUCAAUAUAGAAGACUGGAAAACCUAAAAUAAAAUUUUCAAUAGGUUUACUUUAUUUAAAGGCUAUGAAAAAUUUGAUCUCUGGGAAUAAUUGAUAGAUUCAUUAAAAGUGUAAAAUAAUAUUUUUACAUUUAGAGAGGUUGACUGUAAAUCAAAAGAAUGUACUAUAUGGGCAAGAUAGAAAUUUUAAACUUAUUAUAUAUCUUUUGUCAUCUUUGAUAGCUCGCUUACAGGUGAUAGCCCUAUAUUAAUUCAGAAUAAUCUUGAAAUCAUACAAAUAUAUGAGUUAAUAUAAAAUUUUGUACAUCUUGAAGAUAGAAAUGCUAUAUAAGAGAUGAGCAAUGAUGAAUCUCGCAAUUUUUGCAAUAAAGCUUUUUUGAACGACUUCAUAUGUAUUUUUUAUUUUGGAAACUAAAUACCUUUAGUUUUUAAAGUAUUAAGCUAACAAAAAUUUGAGAAGGUCCACUUCAUUUAAGUAAGUAAACCUUCAAAGCAACUUCUAAAUAAACUCGGUGCAAGUUUAGAAUAAAUAGUUGAAGUUGAUAAUAAAACCUAUUUAUCAUCAUCAAUUUACAACAUCCCAUAUUUACCUAAGAUGGAAAUAUAUAUAGAGUAGGUAAAUGAUUAAAUUGAGAAAUCGUAGAGUAGAAUUCAAAUAGUAAUUGAAUGUAAAGACUUACUUUCUUGUAAAAGUUAAUUAAAUGUAGUAAAAGAAGCAUUAUAAUAUAUAAAUUACAUUAAUAUUUCUACUAUUUACUAUGAUACACAAGAGGUUUUCUUUAAUUAAAGCUCAGGAAACGACGGUAAAGUUUAAGCCUCAAUAAUAUUUGAUUAGAAGAGAUAUACUCUUUUCACUAUAAAUUAAUAUGUUUCAUAAGAUUUUCUAAAGGCUUAAACUCUAAAAAUUGUGGAUUAAUUUAUAUAAAUAUUUAAUUUUAGUUAAAAUUUAGUUUUAAUAGAAUGA